UGUUCGUCCUAAAUGAAAAGAAAUGAUAUUUUUAGGUCAGAUUGUUGGACUGGAAUAUCAAAAUACUGCACCCCUUAAUUUAUUUAGGGUGGUAAACAGAUUUGUGAAGAACUUGCUGUGCGAAAUUCAAUGUAUACGAGAUGAGGUUAAAUUUGGCGUUAAAGAUUAAUUAAAUGUACUGAAAAGCGCGCGCUUUUCAAUGAAAUCCGGCAGAUUUCUCGAUUUAAUUCGGUAAAAAGUAGAAAUAUUCAGAUACCGGACUUUUCUUUUUGUUUAAAGAAAAGGAGAGGCAAUGGGUGUUGCAUUUAAUAGCCGUACGUCUCCUGUUAAGUGUCAGUUACUGAAAUCUUAUUAUGAAGGUGGAACAGAAAUCCACGGGUGACCACAUGGGUGCACGAUGUACAGCGUCUAUACGAUGCCGGAGACUACUGAUGAAGAGAUCCUCAAGAAUGGGCACGGUGAAGACUUCAACACUGAAGAUGAGGAAGAGGAGGAUAAUGAGCACAAUAGUAAUGGUAUCGCAGCAGAAGCGAAUGGCUGGUGUGCUCGCCAAGGUAAUGUAGAUGGUAACAGGGUUAUACUUGUGGGUCGGAUCGACCCCAUGGAGCAUGUGGAACCCGUGUACGGAACGGACGAGGACAUUGAAGGAGACAACGACGACGAUGAUGAAGACAAUGACGACGGUGGUGACAGCCCAGCCGUAGACCGUGACGGUUGUGGCAGCGACUGCUCCCACGGUCGGUCCGAGGAGAUCGCGGCUGAAAGUGAUGGCAGUGUCCUCGAUGCAUGGUCAGGGAUUCAUCCCGAGGUAUCACUAGUGACGAGAGAUGCCCCGCUGCCAGUAAACAGCGAGGUGCCAGGGGGCCCUCAGGAAGGUCCGACGAAUGCGACGUUCGUUUACGGAGACACGCUAAUCUUCCGGGGAGCUCCCAAGAUACCAAAUGUACCGUCUCCUCGGGUUCUCUCCCCGGCCUCGGGCAUGCCGCUCCUGCCCCAUUCCCGUCCGGGCGGACUGGGCAACGGAUCCGGUGCCCGGACCUAUGACUGCCCAGUGUGUGAGAAGACGUUCCCGGACCGUGAGUCGCGGGCCCGCCACGCGCAGGAGCAUGAGCAGUUUCACUGUGACGUCUGCGGCCGUGGGUUCCGCGAUGAGGUUGAGCGCGACCACCAUGCCAGCAUGUAUGCCGGCAAGCCUGCGCACAAGUGUGAUGCUUGUGGAAAGUGCUUCCACCUCACCCACAGCUUUGCCCGCCACAUGCGCACCCACACAGGCGAGCAGCCGUUUGCUUGUGAUGUGUGUGGGAAGCGCUUCAACGACAGCGGCAACAUGGCCAAGCACAUGCGCACGCACACUGGGGACCUGCCCUAUCCGUGCCCGCAGUGCCCGAGACGGUAA